AUGGGGCCGGCGCGGCGCGGUAGGGCGACGGCGGCGCGAGGCUGCAGCAGCGGCAGGAAGGGGAGGCCAGGGGCGCGGCGCGGGCGCGGCGGAACUGCGGGCGAGCAGCGCAGCGGCAGAGGAGGCGGGCAGACGCGGGCGGCAGGGGCGCGGCAGGCGCGGGCGAACGACACGGGCGGCGGCUACGCGGGGGACUGCGGGCGCGCGAGCUCGCGCGCAGCCACGGGCGCGAGGCAACCAUCGGCGCGGGCCGCGCGGGCGGGGCGCCGCGAGCGCGAGCGCGGGGAAGAGGAGAAAGUGGGAGGGAGGUGCGGUCCUCACAACGGUUUGUAG